UUCAGAAUUGGAUUAAUUAACAACAUGAGAAUAUUUAUAACUCUUUGUGUGGCUUCUUUGGCCAUUGCUGGCAAAACUGAAAACAAACAAACCAAACGUGGUUUGGAACUUGGAGGUUUUGGAGAAUCAUAUGGUCAUGAUCUUGGUCAUGAUUUUGGAGGAAGUCAUGGAUUAAUUGAUUUGGGUACCAGCUAUGGAGGUGACUUUGGUCAUGAUCACGGCAAAGUAGAAGUUAAUACCAUAACCAAAAAAGUGCCAUACUUGGUACCACAACCAGUCCCAUACACUGUUGUCAAACAUGUCCCAGUUGCAUACAAAGUUCCAGUGAAGGUAGAUGUUCCAAGACCAUACCACGUAUCCGUACCAAAACCAUACAACGUUUAUAUAAACAAGCCUGUACCAUACACAGUACACAAACCAGUACCUUACCCAGUCAAGGUCGAAGUUAAAGUGCCAUAUGCCGUAAAAGUCCCAGUUCAUGUACCAAAACCAUACGCUGUUGAGGUACCAAAACCAUACCCAGUCAAAGUACCAUACCACGUUAUUGUUGAAAAGAAAGUUCCAAUCCAUGUCCAUGAGGAACAUCAUGACAGCGGGUUGAGCGGAUGGGAUUUCGGUGGACAUAGCAAAUGGUAGGAAACAUUUCUACUAAAUGUUUUAUGUGUGUUUUUGUAUGUGAUACGUAAUUUAUGUUUAAAUCAGAAAAUAAAUUUAUUUAUAUAA